GGCGCUCUCCCAGACCGACGCGCUGCGGUGCCUCACUCAGUCUUCGCUCCGCGCCCGCGCCGCCAGCAUGACCGACGCGCUGCUGCCCGCGGCCCCCCAACCGCUGGAAAAGGAGGGCGACUGCUACUUUCGGAAGGGUUGCAAUCCCCUUGCACAAACUGGCCGAAGCAAACUGCAGAAUCAAAGGGCUGCCUUGAACCAGCAGAUCCUGAAAGCCGUGAGGAUGAGAACAGGAGCAGAAAACCUUCUGAAAGCAGCUACGAACCACAAGGUGCGGGAGCAGGUGCGCCUGGAACUGAGCUUCGUGAACUCAGAUCUACAGAUGCUCAAGGAAGAGCUGGAGGGGCUCAACAUCUCAGUGGGAGUCUAUCAGAGCACAGAGGAGGCAUUUACCAUCCCCCUGAUUCCGCUUGGUCUGAAGGAAACCAAGGAUGUUGACUUCUCAGUCGUUCUCAAGGAUUUUAUCCUGGAGCAUUACAGUGAGGACAGCUACCUCUAUGAAGACGAAAUAGCAGAUCUGAUGGACCUGAGACAGGCCUGCCGGACGCCCAGCCGGGAUGAGGCCGGUGUCGAACUGCUGAUGAGUUACUUCAUCCAGCUGGGAUUUGUGGAGAGCCGAUUCUUCCCGCCCACCCGACAGAUGGGGCUCUUGUUUACGUGGUAUGACUCCCUCACCGGGGUGCCAGUUAGCCAGCAGAACCUGCUACUGGAGAAAGCCAGCAUUCUGUUUAACAUCGGAGCCCUCUACACACAGAUUGGGACCCGGUGCGAUCGACAGACGCAGGCUGGGCUGGAGAGUGCGGUGGACGCCUUUCAGAGAGCAGCAGGGGUUUUAAAUCAUCUGAAAGAGACGUUCACUCAUACUCCGAGUUAUGACAUGAGUCCUGCCAUGCUCAGUGUGCUGGUCAAAAUGAUGCUUGCACAAGCCCAGGAAAAUGUGUUUGAGAAAAUCUGCCUUCCUGGGAUCCGGAACGAGUUCUUCAUGCUGGUGAAAGUGGCUCAGGAGGCUGCCAAGGUCGGGGAAGUCUAUCGGCAGCUGCAUGCGGCCAUGAGCCAGGCACCGGUGAAGGAGAACAUCCCCUACUCCUGGGCCAGCCUGGCCUGUGUGAAGGCCCACCACUACGGAGCCCUGGCCCACUACUUUGUAGCCACGCUUCUCAUUGAUCACCAGUUGAAGCCUGGCGCAGACGAGGACCAUCAGGAGAAGUGCCUGUCCCAGCUCUAUGACCACAUGCCGGAGGGACUGACGCCCUUGGCCACGCUGAAGAACGGUCACCAGCGCCGACUGCUGGGCAAGUCCCACCUGCGCAGAGCCAUUGCCCACCACGAAGAGUCUGUGAGGGAGGCCAGCUUGUGCAAGAAACUUCGCCACAUUGACGUGCUCCAGGAGGUGCUGUCCGCAGCACACCAGCGCUCCCGGCUCAAGUACACUCAGCACCAAGAGGACGAUGAGCUGCUGAACUUGAUGGAUGCCCCUGACAUUAUCUCUAAGACUGAGCAAGAGGUUGAAAUUAUAUUGCCACAGUUCUCCAAGGUGACAGCAACAGACUUCUUCCAAAAGCUGGGCCCCCUGUCGGUGUUUUCGGCGAACAAGAAAUGGACACCUCCUCGCAGCAUUCACUUCACUGCAGAAGAAGGGGAUUUGGGGUUCACCUUGAGAGGAAACUCCCCAGUUCAAGUCCACUUCCUGGACCCUUACUGCUCUGCUGCGCUGGCAGGAGCCAAGGAAGGGGAUUAUAUUGUGUCCAUUCGAGACGUGGAUUGCAAGUGGCUGACGGUGAGCGAGGUCAUGAAACUGUUGAAGGGCAAGGGCAAGGGCAAGGACGACGUGGAGAUGAAGGUCGUGAGCUUCCUGGACUUCACCUCGUCCAUGCAUAAUAAGUGUGCGACGUACUCUGUGGGCAUGCAGAAAACCUACUCUAUGAUCUGCUUAGCCAUAGACGAUGAUGACAAAACUGAUAAAACCAAGAAAAUCUCGAAGAAGCUUUCUUUUUUGAGUUGGGGCACCAACAAGAACAGACAGAAGUCAGCCAGCACCUUGUGCCUCCCGUCGGUUGGGGUUGCGAGGCCUCAGGUCAAGAAGAAGCUCCCCUCGCCCUUCAGCCUUCUCAACUCGGAUAGUUCUCUGUACUAACGUGAGCAAACAGAAACGUUCAGGCUCCUAACGCCAACGUCUCUGGUGCUGACCAUGCCUUCCUAUUUGUGCCACAAUAGAAAGUGUCUCAAUAUUCGCAAAUCUCCUUUUCUCACUGGGUAAACUUACAACUGGUAGGUCUUCGUGAAUGCAAGUCACAAGAAACCUCUAGAAAUUUCGGGGGGGGGGGGGUCACCGUAUUGCUGCAAGUUAUUUAUUAUAUAAAGUAUUGUAAAUAGAACAGCGUUGAAAGUACGGCUAUUUUUAAUGGCUACAGUUACAGCUUAUUGUUACUAUCUGAAUUAAAGGGGGUUACCUCUGUUGCUGUCCUACUUGUCAUCGUGUCCAGGCUUAGGUAACAGAUCAUUCCUUAACUCAGAAUUCAGAUGACCCCCCCCCCAAUUAAGGCAGGUCAAGGGAUUAUAACGAUUGACUAAGGUAAUAUAACUCAGAAGUAUUCCAAACAACUGCUUCCUAAGGGGAAUUUGUGAAUCUGAAACGACAAGAUUUUAUGAUUAUUUCUACGUAAUAUGAAUGCUGUUUCCAGAUAAAGUCUAGUGCCAAAUUUGUCACAACUUACUAGACAAAAACAAACCACACAAUCUGGGAGCAUUGUUGCUUCUGGUUUGAUGUCAUUAACCAGCUGCUAACACAGUAGCAGUGUUAGACGGGGAUGCUAUCUACAAGGUAGACGAUAUACUGUUUGAUACUCAAAACAUUUUUCUGUUUGUUUAAAGUAGGAAGUACAUAAUUGUAUAUUUUAAGAGUCUAAGAUGGGUUGGAAACAUUUUAUCAGGUAAAGGUGUAAAUGAUUCUAGUUUAAAUCUCUGUUUGACUUGUUUUUACCCGUCUAUCUCUCUUGCUCACAAGUUGGAUGACACCGUGAUUCUAGUAAGAUUCACGGUUGACAUAGUUUAAGUUCUAUAGCUUAAAAAAAAAAAAAAAAAAGCAUUGAAAUCUAUUUUUGAGAAUUAAUAAGAACUUAAAUAUUUUCUAGUGUGCAAUAUCAAAAGGGAAGCAACCACAUUUGGGAAAGUGUAUCUGUCCACUGCUGUUAGGGCCAUUUUUGUAUAAAUAUUUAAAUAAACACAUUCAUUUGCCUGAA